AUGGUAAGAAUUCCAUUGUAAUACAUGAAAAUAAGUUUUUGAUUUCAAUUCCGUCGUUGGGAAUAAUUGGAAAAAUUUGUUUAAACUUAUUUUUCGUUGCUUUCCUCAAAGGUACCUUGGCUUAUCAAGGGAGAUUACAGUAUUACAAAAUUUAUACAGGCCCAUACACAAACACACACCCACACAAAAACAACACACAAAUUGCAAUAACAACGAAUUAAACUUACAUAGCUUGAGACAUUAUUUAAACGAUCAGGCAAUGGCCAUCAAAUAGCGAUUAACAUUAAUUAUAAAAACUUUGUACCUCGCGAGAAAGCACUGUUGACAUUUUUUUUUUCUUUUUUUUUCGCAUUUGGAAACAAUCUUUUAUGGAAUUAUUUGAUGCUUUCAAAAAGAUAAUGUUCUACUUAAUACAUUUUUGUUUCAAAGGAAUUUCAGGGUAUAGGUUACGAUUUUGCAGUCGACCUGCACAAGUUAUCACUGCCAGUACAUGCAAGAUACUUUCGAUUUUAUCCAAUCCAGCGUCAUAGAAGGACCUGCCUUAGGGUUGAGAUUUUCAAACAAAAAUGUGAGUUAAUAAUGCAAUAGUAAUUAGAAUAUGAUUACUAAUCAUUAAGCAUUUAGUGUAGUACAUUCUCAAAUUAACAACAAGUUCAUGCGUCAGCGUACGUUCAUCGAUGUAUGAAGCUCUCCGGAUAUCGGGAUAUGACGCACGUGCUCGAGAUUCGAGAGUAGUUGUUCUCGGCUGCGCUUCCAAGAACUCUUACGCAUCUUUCGCACUCUCCAAAUCGACUUUCCUUUAGCAUAUUUAUAUGUACUUCUCAUUUUGAGCUCCUAAAGGUUUAUAUCAAUCGUGAUUCAACGGAAAAGCUGAUUUAAGGCGACUGGCCCGCUACAAAGGGCUCUCCACAAAUAGACACUAAAUAGAAAUUAAAGUCAAAAUGUUAGUGUUGCAACUGAUCAUAACGACAUUGACAGAACGGAUAAGUUUUGAACCACAUUAUCCGUAUAUCCGUAUUACUCUUGAUAAAAGAAGAUGCCUCGUCUUCUUUUUUUAUCAAUGAAUUCAUCUCAUAAGUAACUUUUAUCAGUCAGCUUAAUAGGCAAAGGGGUUUGACGGGAAUCAGGAUUUGGAUAAAGGUUGAAUAAUGCUUCUUUAUUUGCAGUUCCAGGAUGUCAGUACAUCGACGUAGGAAUAGGCAAUGGAUACACCUUGGAUAGAGAUUUCAGUUCGUCCUCUGUACUAAAUGCAAACACACCUGCUAAGAAUGGUCGAUUGAACUACAAUGGAGGAUCAUCAUGGUGUGCUGCAACAAGUGAUAGUCAGCCAUAUCUACAGGUUGACUUUGAAAAGCUUUAUAUCGUCUGUGCUGUUUCAACUCAGGGGAACUCCCAAGGGGACGAGUGGGUAAGGAAGUACUCACUUCAAUCAUCUAGGGAUGGAACAACUUGGACAGACUAUCAAGAGGCGGGAACAUUGAAGGUUUGUCACCUCCAGAAACCUAAUAAAUAAUAAAACAGUAUUAUUCCUGGUUAAAAAAUUUACUUUCAUCAUUACGAGGGGUUGUUUAAGUUAUCCAAGCGCAUGAUAUAAGUACUUGAAAAACCUGGUUAAACACACUUAGAGUCAAAGGGAAAAACACAAACAAGGCAAACUAAGGUAUUUUACAUAGACUUGAGAAAAAGUAACGGCGAGAAACUUUAGAAUUUAUUCAUAUCAGUAUUUGUGAUGAGAGGCCGUCAUUUCAGGUAAGGAAAAACGAUCUUAACUGCGAUUCUGCAAAUUAAAAGGAUCCCACUGUCACAUUUCACUGACAUCGAAAGCUUGCUUAAGUUCUUGGAUGCGUUGCAUCUUUUUAACUGGGAAGAAAACUGAAAUAUGGUCUAAUUUGCGUUGUGAAAAAACAAACACAAAAAAGCCCUAACUUGGCAGAGAAAGAAGUUUUUUUCGUAUUGUCACGAGCGUGGGACAAAAAAACCAAUCUGAGUUAAUACAUGACACGCUUCUUGUAUACCGCUAAGAUCAGCAAUUUCUAUAGCAUCAUGAUUCAUAAAUAGAAGAAGAAAGAUGGAAAGUUUUGAAGUCGGUAAUGAAUAGAGAAAGAUGUUACUUCGUCUUGUCACGAGCGUGGGACAUAGAAAACACUGUGAGUUCCCAUGGGGAAUCAAACCUCAGAUCUUCGCAUUCCGCACUCCGAUGCUCUACCAUUGAGCCACAGAACGUCAUGUUUUAUAAAUAGAAUAAGAAAGAUGAUAACCUUUGCUUGGAUGAGGGAAACUUUUCAAGAGUUAAGUAAAGGUGGAGCGUCAUAAUUUCUUUAUUUCCCUCUGGUGGUCUGCUCACAAUGCACAAAUAACGUUUGAUAUUUGAUAUUUCUUGCAUCUACAGGUAUUCUCAGGAAAUUUCAACCGAAAUAAAACGGUAAAACAAAUUUUGUGCAGUGAGCUUGUUGCUAAGCGUUUACGUUUCAUUCCUAAAGAGCACUACGGAAACUGCUGUAUGAGGGUUGAAAUAUAUGGAAUACCACUGACAGCAGGUAAAAAGCAACUUAAGUUUAUAAUGAUAAAAGUGCUUCCUUGCGACAGUGCUUUUAGUAAAAGCCGCAGUAGUAAAUAAAAAAGACCGGUUCUAAGACAUUUUUUGAAAAAAAAAUCAGAAGUAAUAAUACAAGAUCACUGUAUAGCUUAGAAUUUAAAGAUCGGUAACCUCGUUCCGUUGACUGAGGAACUAACUUAACCAUUCAUUUUUUAUAGUACAGGCAUUGAAAGACCAUUUGGACUGAAUUUACCCAUAAUUAUCGAGUUAAUCUAUACACUUUAUAUUGUUUGAAAAUGUCUACAAGACCUAACAAUAAUACCAGCUCGAACUUGCUUGAGCAAGACGAUGCCGGUGUUAAUAUCCCAAGUAAACAUCAGACAGUGCCGGAAAAUCUUCAAAUAAACAACCUAUCGGUUUUUUUUUUGAUAACUAGAGACAAUACAUUACAAUGAAGGGGAACGAAAAGUUAGCAAAUACUGCAAAUCCAUUUUUCAGUCUUGCGCUUCUUUCGAUACUCUGAGAUACUUAAUAAUGCACCUGUUUGUAUUUUCAGAUAACCUUGCCUUAGGAAAGCCAGCACGUCAGUCAAGUAUUUUUCUGGCUGCUAUGGAUGUUAAUUAUCCGAGAAGAGCAGUGGACGGAGUAAAGAAUACAAAUAGAUACUAUUGUGCAAGCACAGGAGCACCACUUCCUGAUCCGUAUUGGAGAGUUGACCUUGAACAAGUGCUGCCUGUUUCAGAGGUUUUCAUACUCAAUAGUGGAGACUGCUGUGGGGAACAUUUAAACGGGACCGAGAUAAGAGUAGGUAGGUACUCAAAAUAGGGAUAGCCCAGUUUCCCACGUUCCACGGAUUAUAGAGAUUAGCGCGCAGACCUCUACUUCGGUUGGCGAAAGGUAUACAGUCAAUGUGUUCGUCCAUGUGGUCUUAGCGUAGAGUGAUUUUUCAAAGAAGUUGAUUUCCGUAUUACCUUGUACUAUUACUAAAGGAAAUGAAACUAGAGAUAGAGGAGGAACCAACGAUCUUUGCACCAGUGAUCUACGAGUCCCCCAAGGAAAGGGAAAGUUUUUGCGAUGUAAUAUGACGCUGUAUGGCAGAUAUUUAUUUAUCAGGAUACCUGGAUCGUCGAAAGUGUUGGUCCUAUGCGAAGUUGAAGUUUUCUCCGCAAUUAGAUCAAGUAAGAAAGUUUACAUUUCACGUUGUAGAAUAUGAAUCAUACCUUUCAUUUCUUUGUCAUAAAACUCCUGAUCAUGUAAUCGUAUUUUUUAGGAAGACAGUCACAGUUGAAAACCCAAUAUUGAGAAACGUCGGAAUGAGACAGAAAUUCUGACCUUAAAGAUUGCUUUUCCAUUAACGAAUUAUCCUGUGUAUUAGCCCGUUCUAAGUCCUGGUCCGUUAGGGUUAGGGUUAGGUCAGUUUUUCCGUAAUGUAGUUGACUGUUAGACUCAAAUGGCGUAAGACGGUCGUGAUUGGUUGUUUUUCGAUCCGUUGGUAAAGUUAGGUCAUUCUUCUCGGUUCGUUUUUAAUGUUAAUGUAGUGAACAAGUCGUUUGCAUGGUGCUGUUAGUAGUUGAUACUUGUUGAGGGGAGUCUGUUCCAAGUUAGUUCACCAGCUUUCCAAAGUCAGUCGUUGAAAGUAGUUGGAGCUCUAGGUUAGGCAUUGCGCGGAGUCUUAGCCAAUAGUGUGGCUCGUGAGUUGAUGAUGUUCAGCAAUGUGACUGUGGGCGUCACCUUUCCUGGUAUAGAAAAAAAUAUGGUACCGGGUGGAAGGACAGAAUAACAAGCAUAACUCUAGUAUUUCACAAUGUCCAAUAAUUCGUGACUCUGAGUGUAGCGCCAUGAUUUAUUUGUGAGAUUCCCAACCUUGAUCCGUUCAGAGUAGCCCUACAGAAUAAAUAAGUCAUUGAAAAUUAAACUACAAACUCUUUUAUAGCGAGCAAUAAGUGAGCUGUGCUUAAAGUGAGUUGCUGUUCUUUUUGCUAGAUCUUGCCUUGUAUCAGUCUGCUUCUCAGUCUUCUACAAGGUCAAAUUAUACCGCUAACAAAGCUGUGGAUGGAGAUGUUCACUCCUGUGCUACAACUCAGUCCCAGCAGGACCCCUGGUGGAGAGUGGACUUAGGAGCAUCGCGGGUUGUGGCUAAGGUCAUCGUUACAUACAAAAAUCAAAUGGAAGGACUUCAAGUCUGGAUUGGUGGGUUAAGGGAAUCACGAAAGAAUAUUAACUAAUCAUAGAGUUAUUGUCAUGAAAACCCGCUCUAUAAAUGCCUUCCAUAGAUGUAGCUGUAAAAUAGGGACGAAGUAACAUUAACACAGGAGCCCCAAGAAUGUCUGUUUUGCUGACGGUUACUGUAUGUCUUUUUCACGAAGAAUUGAAAAAUCAAAUCCCCGAUAAAUUUGAACUUGGUACUUGGGGAGGAAAAAUUUUAAAAAAGGCAAUGCUAAGUGGAUUUCAGGUUAAAUAACAACGUGUUCUGUUAUCAUGUCCAACAGGUUAUGACAGUGACAACAGAAGAAGCUCAAACUUGCUUUGUGGAGGAAAAUCCUUUUCGAAAACAGUUCAAAACAUUUCUCAAAGACUCACCAUACAUUGUCUACCCAGACUUGUCGGAAAUUUUGUUUUUAUUGAAGAUUCAGGCGCUAACAGAACACUGUCCUUAUGCGAGGUACAGGUUUAUUCCGAAAGAGAGACAAGCAAUGGUAAGCAGCUGUCGUAACUAUACUUGUCUAAUUCUCACUUUCACUGAUAAGAGUUAUUUCGUUCCAUAUGGAGAAGGAUAUUAAUCGUCUUGACACGAGCCUGAGACACAGCAAAACUCUGAUUUCCCCACAAGACAUUUAUCUUGAUUCAAGUUGUUUCAAACUUGUUCGAGGAAAUAGGGAAGGGUUUAGUACAAUUUAAAAACAAAUCUUGUUUUUGGGAAAGCAAAGCAUUUUAUAACAAGGCAAAAAAAUCCUUCUGACUCUUAUCUCGUCCCUCAGUGGAGCCCUUUCCCAAAAGCAAAACUCGAGAGCGAGAUAAGAGAAGAAAGGUGGCUGUUCUCAGUUUGUUUCCUCUUAUCUGUUUUCUUUUCCUUUUAAAGCAUGUCAGACACAGGCAGUUAAUUUGGCCAACUCUAACAUACACUUGGACAAACGCUUUACAGCCUCAUCGUUUCUUGCGAACAAUGAACCGUAUAAAGCACGCCUCAGGAAUACCUUAGGAGCCUGGUUACCUAGCAGUAACAACAAUACUAACGAUUACCUGGAAGUUGAGCUGGGAGAUGUGUUCUUUAUUUGCGCUGUAGCUACUCAAGGACAUCCACUUCGAAGGCAGUGGACCAAAAGUUAUAAGCUGCAUUUGUUCCUAAGGAAUUGGAUCACCUAUAAAGAGAACAACUCGGAAAAGGUUUGAAAAAUAGUAAACUCGUUAUAGAAAUAUUAUAUAGUUGCCUGAGUAAGAUAGCCUCAAGUGUCCCAGUGGAGGGGUAAUAACGAAAAUUAUUUCUUUCGAUGUAUCAACUAGUGUGUGGUUACAUUUUUUUAUUUGAAAAACUGUUUUUACAAGAGAUCCAAAGGUGACAUCAGCUCACUUUCAAUUGGAUCAAGUUUGUAAGGUGUCUUACUCCCAACGAACAAGAAUCAAAUCAGAUUUGCAGUAGGUUAUGAGAGAGAGAGAGAGCGAGAGAGAGAGAGAGAGAGAGAGCGAGCUAAAUUUUGAUAUAAGUCCAUGAAUCUUUGAUCCUAGUUCGAGAAGGAAAACUGAGUUUCAGUUAAUUUCUGAUAAAAUUUUUCUACAGAUUUUCAGCGGCGGUAGGAGUAGCCAGAAUGAAAUAGUGAAACAAUUUCUGGCAGAAGUGACAAGGGCUCGGAUCAUUCGGUUCCAGCCAGUUAACUAUCAUAUUCACAAAGUUCUCAGAGUGGAAGUGUAUGGAACAAAAACACCUGCAGGUGCGUCAAUGUAAAGGACCAGACCUAUCAAAUUUUUUACAACAUUAACUAUUCAGAUUUAUGUUUAUUGAUAUCUAAGAAUAAGAGUUUGACAACAUUUCUUUUAAAAAGGAAUUAAAGUGUGAAUAGUCUAAAAAAUAGCUUUUAAAGAAGGCAAGAAGUAGAACAAAUUCGCUACCUUAACUCCACAAAAUGGUGACCUUUUUCCAUAAAAAAAAAAUGAAUUACUCCUUAUGAGAUUGUGCCAUGUUGCUUGGGGAAAAUCACCUCAUAUUUCAUUAUGUGAACAUGUAGACAGUGAUUUUCCCUUACGGAAUGUAAGUGUUACUCCCUUGAACGUGAACACGAUAAGGUAAGGUGGACGACAUGGUUCUGGGGCAAGGCGGGAGAAAACUACUUUGCACUUUUCCAUUGUUCAAACCUUGUGUCAGCCAGCCCAGUAACUUAGCUGCUGAUUGGACAAUUCAUAAUUUAUACUCCAUGAGCAACUUUUUGACAAGUCAAUUAAUAAAGCUCCAAUUCAGUAUUUCACUAUAGCCACAGAUGAUACAAUUAAGCUCGAAAACUUGAGAAAAUCAUCAGGUUAAAAGUAUAAAAUACAAAAAGCGUGAUGAAAAUGUCUUGAGACUGUAAUAUAAGUUGUCUUAACUCCGUGGUCGUGUUUUUCACAGCUUCUCCUGUUCACCCCGUCAUUAAAAACAAAGAGAAGGAAAUAUUUCACAACUCUUCCAUAAAGUGGAAUUCUCCCGAUGCCAAUGGCUGCCCAGUGAGUAUGUUCUCAGUGUACUACAAAGCUAUCAAAUCGCGAAAUAAAGAAAGCGCUUGGCAUCAUAUCAAUACAUCGUCGGAUGCAAAUGAGCUGAGCUGCAGUAGUCUCCCACUUGAAUGUGGCACAGAUUAUGAAUUCAAAGUGUCUGCAUGGAAUGACGUGGGAGAAAGUAACCUCUCAGAGUCCUGGCAAGUGAAAUCCAUCACAGGUAUAGCAGUAGUAUUUCUCUAUCUAUAUUUUUCCUAAAACCAUAUAGAAAUUGUUGGCAAAAUUAGGAAUCCUUCUUUGAUAGAGGGCCAGACUGCUAACAUCUUGACUUCGUGAUCGGGGACUUUGAGCGCGAUGCUCGACGAGUUCACGUGAAAUUUACGAAAAGUAUUUGACGAGGCUCUUGGCCGAGAAGAAACGCCACGUCAUACCAACCAAUUUUUUUCCACAAUUAUUUGACACUUAUUGCAUUGUAUAAAUUAAAAAGCAAAGAAGAACAAAAAAGAAAACAAUUACACAAGCAUGGCCUCGCACAAGUGGAAAGCACGAGUGAUUGUGAAAAACUUUACAGGAGUCGAUUGUCAGCUAAACUAUAACUCCACUGCUGGUUAUCAGAUUCCACGAGCCUCAAUACAAAAGAGAAUGGUAUGGAGAACUCUGUGUUGUGCCGAUUUAUUCUCUUCCUUAAGAUUCUUUCUCAUGAUCAUCAUUACGUUUCCUGACCCAUCCCUUGUAACUCACACUCGAGAUUUACUUAUUCCCUUUGUUUACUGGGUUAAUUUUUGUUUGUUUGUUUGUUUGUUUGUUUGUUUGUUUUUUCCUAUAUUCAUUUCAAUUUUUUUUUCCUAAGGGUACCCAGCCAUUGUCAACAGGACUAACCAAGUGAAUGGAAGUGUUGUGGUUGUCCGUUGGAAGCCGUGUACUGCUUCUUUAUUCACUAUAUAUCACAGAGAAAUGCUUUCAGAGGGCAAAAGUCAUUGGAAAGCAGUAAACGUGUCGAGACAUGAAACAAGUUAUGAUCUCCAUCUUGGAUGCCAAAAGGAGCAUGAAAUAGCUGUAACAGCCUGGAACUCUUCAGCAGAGACUCCACUUACAUCAAUAUUAAAGCACGGCCGACUUUGGAGAGUGAGAACGUUUGGAGGUGAGAACACUGAGUAAUUUUCAGUAAAAAAAAUUUCGCAAAAAAGAAAAGUUUGUCAAUAAAAUAUUAAUCAACCAGUAUUUCAACAGUUCAUUGGCUUCGUUUGAUUUCCUAGCUUUGUCUUCGAAGGCUGCAUGUAAUGGGAUACACGUUAUUUAGUUGUUAACAGUACACAACCAGAGUAGAUAGUUUUGCUUCUUACAACGUUGUAGUUUGAACGCAACGAUCAUCCGCAUGGCCGGAGGCCGACUUGUGACUGCUAUUCAGUUCAUACAUGUUUCUUUUGAGUACGUUUUAUUAAUCUAAAAUGUUUUGACCAUGAUUUCAAUCAUUCGCUGUUCGAACUUCAAACUCCAAAGCGUCGAAUUCGCCGUAGCCUCCUCUAAAACUUAUCAUUUUAGCAAUAGUCACAAAAAGACAAAGUUCACAUGCUAACUUAUGUUUACCAUUACUAUUACUGACGUGCUUAUGCUCCUCUCUAAGAUAGUCAGUCACGAAAUAUUCUAUUUUGUGACAAGUGGCUCAGGUGCACAAAACCCUCUGAGAUUCCGGCUUUGGUUAAACGAGAACUAACCACCGACGUGUUUUGUUGUAGAUCGUGGGAUUAUUUUCUGUUACUGAAAAUUUCAUGCACGUGUGACAAUGAUGUUUUCUUGAUUCCUAUAUAUUAUGUAGCAACUGAUUCCACACUGUUAAUUUGACGCGGAAGAGAUAAAGUUCCAACAGCAAUGAUUUAAUUCAAGGUCAAGGAAUUUUGGCACACUUACGCGAACUUACAAGAAUCCCUCGCUUUCGGCAAAUGAAAGUCAGCGUAGGGGUCAGGUGCGGAUGCACAUUGCGUUUUAUGAAUGCUCCGUAGCAAAGCCUUUAUUUAUCGUUAUUGCUUCAGAUAAACCGUCUCCUCCUAUUAUUAAAAGCAAAGAAGUUCAGAUGUCUGGAUGUGAUGUGAAUCUCAAGUGGGGUUCUACACAAGACAACGGCUGUCCGCUGACCAUGUAUACAGUAUAUUACAGAGAGGUGCAAUCUUUGGGUGAAGAUGAGUACUGGCAUCACAUCAAUGUUACCAUGGACUCUACUUCAACGAGUCUCACGUCGCUCAAGUGUAACUCUGAGUACACUUUUAAAGUGACUGCUUGGAAUGAACUGGGAGAAAGUAAUACCUCAAAAGAAUGGCGUAUAAAAACUGCUCAGAUCACUGACAUUUCUCGCGGACGAACCCUUAGCAUUGCUGUAUUUGUAGGAUGUGGGCUACUUAUUCUCUUAACUGUUGGAAUCCUUUACUUCAUGAUCAGACAAAGGAGAAAAAAGAGGAACAUUCGAGUCCACAAAACAAGAAGGUUGGAAAACGUUGUAUUCUAGAAAUGUGUUAGCUAACCCAAUCCUAAACUGUAAAAUGUUGUUAAUUAUUAUAUUCCGGAGAACUUCUGCUUCCGUGAGUGAAUGUGUUUCUCCCGUAUCAUCUUUACAUAUGUUAAUUAAUAUGCAUUUGAUCAUAGAGCCCGCCCUCUAACAAACUAUCUAUCCCUUAAUGCUUCGUAUACGAGUAUGUGUGAAAUCUUGAUGAACAAUUAAAAGAGAAAAGACUCUUCAAUGCUUUAUUAGAUCGAUGUCAGACAUUGUUCCCUUGCUGUUAAAAGAGAUUCCUCCGGAACGUGUGACCAUUAUGGAAGAGCUGGGUCGAGGCGCCUUUGGUAAAGUACACAAAGCAAUCUUAAAAGAAAUGCCGAGGGUUGAAGUGUUUUUCAAGCCCAAAGAAGAAAGAGAGGAUCAUAUUAAAGAAGGAAGAGUUGUCGCCGUAAAACUCUUACAUGGUAAGGAAUCACUGCAUGAUAUAUUCGCUUUUUCGGAUGUGCGAGCCUUUUGAAUAAAUCACGGUGAAAAGGUUAGUGACUCAGAAAUUCAUAGUCAUAGGAUCUAUUUUUAUUCAGUCCUUUACUUGAGACAAGAAAACUUAAAGAAGAUAAAAUUACCGAACGUUAUUCUGUCAAACACGUCGAGUGCCGACCGUAAUCACAGAUGAAAUACACUUCCACAUGGCUAAUCACGAGAAACCAGUCUCUAAAAGUAUGACAGAUUUUCCUCUACACCUGCUGGGUUUUAUCCUCGUGGAUCUUCCGUGUUUAAACAAUCCAUAAUUUGGUAACGUGUUUUCUUCAAAGGCUUUCGACUUCUGUGAUUGUCGUGACCGUUCAGACCAAAUUACACAGAAGGAUCCGUCCGUCAGUGACUUAAAUUCUACUUCCCAACCGGUCAUUCGAAAAGGAUGUGUCUUGCCAAAAUCGUUGUAGGAGGUUCUACGAAAAUUGAGUCGAGCGUAUGAGUCGCCAGUUAUUAUGAAAUAAUUUACUGAUCAACGUAGUGAAAUAUUUUUGAACCUGCAUCACCCCAUCGUCAUUCAGCGAAUAUAAACUUUAUUUAUAUUUAAAUCGAGGACUAAAAUUUGCUGUGUUUUGUCAUAUUCCGCUUUCAGAAAGAGCCGGUGAGGAAGGGCAAGAGCAGUUUGUCAGAGAAAUUUCGUUUAUGCAGCGAGUUGGUACUCACAGAAAUGUGCUAAGCAUGGUUGGUUACUAG